GAGAAGAAGCUUGCAUAACUAAUAAAGGGCUUGCUUGGUCUUUAACAUUUGAUCAAGUGUUUCCACAGAUAACGUUUUUUAGUUCUUUCACCUGUGGCCUGCUUUUUCAGUAGCCUUACUGACUUUUUGCGUUAAAUUUAAAAGAAAAACGUUUCUUGCAUACACACACAAUUGGAUUCAGAGCCUCAGAAUGAAUUUUGAUGAUGUGCUUAAUCACAUUGGGGGUUUUGGCAAGUUCCAGAAGAUCCUGUAUGUGUGGAUUUGUCUUCCCCAGAUCCUGCUGGGGUUUCACAUGCUGGUGUCCAUCUUCACUGGAGCCAUCCCCCCUCACCGGUGCCGGGCCCCCUCCGUUGGGCUCUCCUCCAGCCCUGGAACCAGCGAGAUCCUGAACUUCAGUCUGACAGCCAGCUCGGAGGGAUCUGACCUGUCCUGCUCAGCUUACAGCCCCCAGUCUGCUCCUAACAACCACAAUCACUCAUGGCCUCCAACAGACAAUUCCACUGCCACCUCCUGCACUGAAGGCUGGGAGUACAGCAAGGAGACCUUUCAAAGCACCAUUGUGACUGAGUGGGAUCUUGUCUGUGAUAAUGCCAAGCUGAACAACAUUGGCUCUUCCAUUUACAUGUUUGGCCUUCUGGUUGGAGCAGUGGUCUAUGGGGCUUUAGCAGAUAAGUAUGGCCGACGAUGUAUCAUUCUGCUUGGCUUAGCCGUCCAGACUGUCUUUGGAGUCGGUGCAGCCUUCUCUCCCAACUACUAUGUCUAUGUGUUCCUGCGUUUUGUGAUUGGGACAACAAUCUCUGCUGUCAUCAUGAAUGCCUUUGUUUUAGGUACUGAAUGGACAGGCACAAAGGAUCGCAUGCUUGCUGGAGUCAUUACUGACUAUUUCUUUGGCAUUGGAUAUAUACUUCUAGCAGGAGUUGCAUAUCUUUUCAGAGACUGGCGGAAAUUACAACUAGCAAUUUCAGCUCCUGGAUUCUUACUUAUCUUUUACAUCUGGGUGUUGCCAAAAUCUGCUCGAUGGCUUUUGGCAAACCAGCGGAAAGACGAAGCGAUUCUUCUCAUUCGCAAGGCAGCAGCAGACAAUGGGACAACAGUUCCAGUGGACAUAGAGCUUCUCCAGGAAUCCAAUGGCCCCAUUAACAGUAAGGAGGAGAAGAAACGGUAUACAGUCAUUGAUCUGUUUCGUACACCAAAGAUGAGGAUACAGUCAUUAAUACUGUUCUACCUAUGGUUCGUCAAUAUUCUGGUUUAUUAUGGCCUGUCCUUGAAUAUUUCUGACUUUGGAAUAAAUAUCUACCUCACCCAGUUCAUCUUUGGUCUUGUGGAAAUGCCGGCUCGCACAAUAACUCUUUUUACCCUCAAUCGCUCACGAAAGAUAUCCCAGUUCUCCUUCCUAACUGUGGGAGGGAUGGCAUGCCUGCUGACCAUCGCUGUCCCUGAAGGUCAGACAACCAUCAGGACGGCCUUGGCUAUGGCAGGAAAGUUUGGAAUCACUGCGUCUUUAUCCAUUGUUUAUAUUUAUUCGGCUGAAAUCUUUCCCACAGUCAUCAGACAGAACGGCAUCGGGAUGUCGUCGAUGUGCGCUCGUGUAGGAGGAGUCAUCGCCCCACUGAUCUACCUGCUCAGAGCUCACAAUAAGGAGGCCCCCAUGGUCAUAUUCGGGGUGUGUCCGCUCGUUGGCGCGGCGCUCUCGCUAAUAUUACCGGAGACCGCGCACACACCUCUGCCUGACACAAUAAAGGAUGUGGAGGAAGGCUCGAACAGGGAAAAGAGCACCGGAAAAAGUGCACACAGUGAAAAACACUCUUGCACCAGGAUCUAAACGCUGGACUCAAACAAACCAGUUUAAAAAAAAUUGCACAUCACUUGGCUGGAGCAAAGAAGGCUUCAGGAAUAUAUGUUCGAAAGUCCCUUUCCUUUUUUUCUCCAAAAUGAACACUGGUACAAAUGGAAAUUAAGUGCAGCUAAUUUCAGGAUUGAAAACAGAAAGCAGCUCUUACAAAGAAGGUUUUGGGUGAAAGGAGUUCUACUUGUCAAGCAUGUGGUAUUUGUCAGGAUAUAUAGUACUCUAGUACUCAGAUUUCAAGACACUUCAUGGAAAACAGAAAUGUUUCUUAAUGUGUUUUUCAUUUAACACUCUUAAAUUGUCCCUAAUAUUAAGUUGAUAAUGUUCAUCAAUCUAUUCCAUAUGCUGUUUUUGUAUUUUUUGUUUCAUUUAAAAAUGAG